AUGACAAACAAAUCAUUAGCCCUCGCCUUUAUUGGCCGUAUAGGGCUGGAAAAUCUGAAGGACCCAGGGAUGCUAGCAGCAGUCAAGGACGCUCUUACCGGAAUCCAAGGAGAAAUGGAAGAUAAUAGGUGGGUCAAUACAGCCCUAAAUGAACACAAAGAGGACGAUUGGGGGCGACAAAACGAGGCUGAUGUAACCAUACCCUCUCCUAAUCUUCGUAGCAAACCAGCGGCCAAAAAUCAUGCUAACGUGACAGAAGUAGAAAUGCUUCUGCAAAUAUUACAAGAAAGGGAACAAGCUGAAGAGGAUAGAACAGGAAAUAUAAUGAGCGCCAGGCAAUUUAGGAACACAAAUUUACUACUAGCUGCAAGGGAACUGAUUAUACAGGCAAAAGAUAAAACGGCAUGGACAUCAAUACUAGAAAGAGAUCAAGAUGAAAACGAAAAGGUACAAUGGGAGGGAAUGACAAGGUUAAUUGCCCUUAUAGUAUUGACUAUGACAAUGGAAAAGGGAAAUGCCACGGAUAACUCAAUGGUUGUAGCACUGCUGUCGAACCACAUCAAAAACGCAUUCAGGUACAGCUUCCAAUCACCGAAAAGUGAUCUCUGCCAAGUGGAACAUCCGGAAUGGGCUAUGCAGUAUCUCAAAGAUGUUGUCAAACGAUACCAAACCAUCUUUAAACUUAUUAAACAAGAAAUUAACAGUAACACGAAUGAACUGUUCGAUGCACUCAUACCAGGUUCAGGAAGGGUCAUACCAGAAGAAAACAAACGAAAGUUGAGAGAUGGCUUUCGAACAAUAUGUUCAGAAUUCCAACAUAGCAAUUUUGUCCGAAAAUGGAUGCUAGCUAUAGCUAAGGAGGCAAGGACAUUUGUAUUCAGCAGAUUACCACUGUUGAUAUACGAAUACAAAACUGUACCCUCAAACAAACUGCUGAACAUCUACCAAGUUACAAACAUCACACGUACAGCAAGCCCACAAACAAAAUUGAACGUCUCACGCACACUUUUCGACAACGAACGGAGGGCAAAUGUUAUGUACAACCUAUUAAGGGCAAUAAUGGAACUAUCGGCUCUAUUUAGAACCGUUGAUCAAGCUCCAGCUUAUGAAGUUUUCGCGGAUUUCGAUCAAAAUAACAUGGUGCCAUGUUUAGGACUCAAGUUUGAUCCAGAAAAAAAUAUAUCGCAGUUUGAACUCAACUAUGAUCAUGGCGAAAUAUGCGGUGCAUUAGAUGUACUAAUCUCCCUAGAAAACACGACAGCAAAAAAAAUUACGAAAAACCUGCUCAAUGAGGAAAAUAUCAUGGAAAGUAUAAGGUGUAACAACAUGACCCAAAAUAGGUGGUUCCUACAGGACAGCGGAUAUAUUACUCAACCCCUGCAAACGCUCAUUGCGCUGCUCAAAAUUUUCGACGAGAGGUGUAAAUGUUUGGAAACAACAGAAAGCCGAAGCAAAUUCACAAAUAAAGUUAUCGCACCCAUUGUUAACUCAUACAUAGAGUAUAUCAAAGGAAAGUGGAAUGCAGAAGAUGAUGUAUUCAGAUCGUGCAGCUUGACGGCAUUCCUAGUCGAUGCCACGGCACUGUUACACGAAUUCUUGCUCAAAUAUCCAUACACGCAGUACAUGUCUCAAGCUCAGGCAACAGUGGAAAGGGUAUUGAAUAGGAUGAUAUCUAUCAUAGGGGACUGUGUAUACGGCCUUAUAGAGAAACCCUUUGGUCAUAUACACGACAGACAUGUGCAUGUCGUGCAAUACAUCAAGCAAAAGUUCAUACAAAUGGCAGUGCAGUGCAGCGUCAAAUCGUACAAACAGAUGCUUAACUCAUGCGUGGAAAGUGUAGAGAAGAGGCUACUAGCCGUACUCAUACCGCAAAGGGUGAAUAAAAUCAUACUCGAUAACAAGGCACACAUCGAAAUGGCCAUUGAUAACUGGUAA